AUGCCAUUCAUCAUGCCGAUCGGAAAGGUUGGUGGUUCGGUUACGGUGACACGAGGAUACUUCGACAAGCAUUUAAAUAACGAAGCAUUAGAAGGAAGCGAAGUUCUCAAAAAUCUAGGAGAAAAACAAUACACAUUAUUAACAACUAAAUCAUCUUUACCACAACAUGGAUUAUGUUGGUAUAAUGCACUUAAAUCAAUCAAAAAUAGUUGUGAGAAUUUGAAUGAUAAUGAACAUUCUCUCUUAGCUUUAAAAUUAGCUAAUUGUUUUUUGGAGGAUUCUGGUCAUACCUCUUAUGAUUGCCAUCUUAGUAAAUCAGAAGAUAUUCGAAAAGAGUGUAUUAAUCAAAUGUCAGAUAGAGCAUUUAAUGUAUACAAUGAAUUUUAUACACAUACAACACAUAUUUGUUUUUAUUUAAAUUAUGAAGCAUGGCAGGUGGAAACUGACAAUACCAUUAAAUCAUUAUAUAAAGUUUCUUCUCAAAUGAAGGAACAGUUAUUAGAGGCAUCAGAGAUGCAAAGUGCGAUGUUGAAGAGUCAAAAAGAAGGAUUAAAAAUUCAAAAUGAAAUUUUAGAUCAUGGUAAAGAACUUGGAAAUGUAUUAAAAUCUUCAUCUGAAACUGUGAACGAUAUGGUUAUGGAAUUUAAAGAAUCAGCAAAAGAUCAGAAGGAAUUACUCUAUGAGAUUUUUUCUUAUAUACGUACUUUUCAAAAUUGGAUUAUUGGAGAAGUAUCUUGGUUCCAAUCCAUUAUUUAUUAUACUAUCAGUUGUAUUCUUUGUGCAUUAUUUAGUUCGGCUAAAAGAACUGCAGAUGCGCGUGUUACACUUUUUACAAUUCUUAGUUUAAACAUUACAAUAGAAAGAAUGUUAGUUCAAUAUUACGACAACGUUAUGCAUCAAUCUACACAUGACAAAGUAGAAAUAAUAUAUGUAACUUGGUCAAUAAGAAAAAUAUCUUUAACAUUAUGUGCACUUACAUUACUAUAUACUUAUUACUAUUAUAAAGAUAAGCAAUUAGAAAAUUUUCAUGUUCUUAGACGAAUAGAAAAUCGAUUAAAUAGAAUGCAAAUAAUUACACCUACCAAUGGUAACCAAAACCAUAAUAAGCCUAUUCGUAAGUUUAUGAUUUUUAUAAGUAUUUGUUAUUGUAAAAGUAUAUUUUUUAAUAGUAAUUAUACUUUACAGGUCAUUCUGAAAGAUUAGCUAUUAAACGUUUGCAUGCUGCUUCUGUGAAAGAGCAUAAUUCAAAUUGAUAUUUAUAUAUCAUUUUUAAAAUUUCUAUCCUUUUUAAUGAAAAAUGCUAUUAUUUA